AUGUGUGGCUGCGACCUGGGGCCGGACGGGCGCCUCCUCCGCGGGUAUCACCAGUUCGCCUACGACGGCAAGGAUUACAUCGCCCUGAACGAGGACCUGCGCUCCUGGACCGCGGCGGACAUGGCGGCUCAGAUAACCCAGCACAAGUGGGAGGCGGCCCGCGAGGCAGAGCGGUUCAGAGCCUACCUGGAGGGGACGUGCCCGGAGUGGCUCCGCAGAUACCUGGAGAACGGGAAGGAGACGCUGCAGCGCGCGGAUCCCCCAAAGACACACAUGACCCACCAUCCCGUCUCUGACCAUGAGGCCACCCUGAGAUGCUGGGCCCUGGGCUUCUACCCUGCGGAGAUCACACUGACCUGGCAGCGGGAUGGGGAGGACCAAACUCAGGAUAGAUAUUUUCUUCCCACAGGUGGAAAAGGAGGGAGCUACUCUCAGGCUGCGUCCAGCGACAGUGCCCAGGGCUCUGAUGUAUCUCUCACGGCUUGAAAAGCCUGAGACAACUGUCUUGUGUGGGACUGAGAUGCAGGAUUUCUUCACACCUCCCUUUUGUGACUUCAAGAGACUCUGGCAUCUCUUUCUGCAAAGGCAUCUGAAUGUGUCUGCGUCUCUCUUAGCAUAAUGUCAGGAGGUGGAGAGACAGCCCACCCCGUGUCCCCCGUGACCCCUGUUCCCACACUGACCAGUGUUUCCUCCCCAGUCAUCUUUCCUGUUCCAGAGAGGUGGGGCUGGAUGUCUCCAUCUCAGUCUCAACUUUAUGUGCACUGAGCUGCAACUUCUUACUUCCCUACUGAAAAUAAGAAUCUGAAUAUAAAUUUGUUUUCUCAAAUAUUUGCUAUGAGAGGUUGAUGGAUUAAUUAAAUAAGUCAAAUCCUAGAAUCUGAGAGAGCAAAUAAAGACCUGAGAACCUUCCAGAA